AAAGGAACAAUAAAACCCAGUUGGUGAAAUUGAAAUUUCAUACUUGCCUUGAUCCUGUGAAGUGACAAAAUUAACAGACCUCUUCAAAGAAGAUGAUAGGUGCUGUUAUACAGUGUCUCAUGGAUAUAGUGGUAGCAGGAAUUUCCUUAACGAUUGGUUUGGGAAUCUUCGCAUUCGUUGCUUCGAUUCUCUGCUCUGCUGCUUUUUUGCUCAAUGCCAAGGACGUCUCUUAAAG